CUUUAAUGAAGAAUGGCUUCAACAUUCAAGCUCGUCUUUGCUGUUCCUUUGUUGCUCCAGCUUUUAGUUCAAUUUCGAUGGGCAGAUUUUUGUUGGGGAAACAAAGUUGGAGUUGACUAUGGAAUGGAUGCUGAUUAUCUUCCAUCCCCUGAAAAAGUAGCACAAUUGGUUCGAAAUCACAACAUUCAGUACCUUAGGAUUUAUAAUUACAGACCCGAAGUGUUGCGGGCGUUUUCAAACACCGGUAUUGAACUUAUGGUGGGAGUUCCUAAUGCAGACUUAUCACAAUUCCAGUCCCAACCAUAUGUAGAUUCCUGGCUGAGGACUAGCAUCCUCCCGUACCGCGAAGCCACAAAGAUCACCCACAUCACCGUAGGUGUUGAAGUGACUAAUAGCCCAGAUAAUGCCGCCAACUUGGUUGUGCGCGCCAUGAGAAAUGUCGUCUCUGCAUUGAAAUCGGCCAACCUGCAAGGUAAAAUCAAGGUUUCAACUCCACUCUCCUUCGGGGUUUUAUCCAAAUCCUACCCACCUUCCGAAGGGGCAUUUAACAGUGGCUAUGAAUAUGUCUUGAGACCUUUGUUGGACUUCCUAGAAGAGAACCAAUCACCUUUUAUGGUCAAUUUAUAUCCUUUUUACGCUAUUGAAGAUUCUUCUUUGGAUGCUGUUCUGUUUAAGUCACCCUCUCCCAUUUUCGUAGAUCAGAAUACCGGUCUUAGUUACAAGAACAUUUUUGAUGCUCAGCUAGACGCUGUUUUUUACGCCAUUGCCAAUCUGAAUUUCAGAACAACUAGGAACACAUUUGAUGCUCAGCCAGAUACUGUUCAUUUUACCUUGGCCGAUACUGAUUUGAUAAUAAGUGACAUUAUUGCUGCGGAAACCGGCUGGCCUACACGUGGUUCUAGGCGACCACAUGCAAGUACUCACAAUGCCAAGACUUAUAACUAUUCUGCUAGUCUUGACAGUGUAGACGACUACGCUAACAUUGACAAUGCCCAGACUUACAACACCAACUUAAUUAGUCAUGUUAUGGGUGGCUCCGGGACGCCUGCUAGGCCUGGUGCAAACCUAGAUGUGUACAUUUUCUCCUUGUUUAAUGAGAACCUGAAGCAAGGACCGGAAACAGAGAGAAACUUUGGUUUAUUUUAUCCCGACAUGACGAGUGUUUAUAACCUGGUCUUCCCUGGAAAAGGAACCGGAAGAAGCUGGUGCGUUGCUUCUAGACAGGCUUCAAAUUCGGCUUUACAGAAUGCGCUAGAUUGGGCUUGUGGUCCGGGAAAGGCGGAUUGCUCCGCCCUUCAGCCUGACCAGCAAUGUUUUGAACCAAAUAAUCUAGUUUCUCAUGCCUCUUUUGCAUUCAACAAUUACUACCAGAAAAACGGGCUCACUGAUCAAGCAUGCCGUUUUGGAGGAACUGGGAUCGUAGUCUAUAACGACCCUAGCUAUGGUAAUUGCAUCUAUAAUGUAAAAAGUAGGGAUCCGAAUGGAAGAACUUGGUGCGUUGCUACUAGUCAGGCUUCUAGGUCGAAUUUACAGAAUGCAUUAGAUUGGGCAUGCGGUCCUGGAAAAGCUGAUUGUUCGGAAAUUCAGCCUAACCAGAGAUGUUUUCAGCCUGAUACUCUACUUGCUCAUGCCUCUUUCGCCUUCAACAAUUACUACCGGAAAAAUGGUGCUACAGAUGCUUCCUGCAGUUUCCGUGGAAAUGCAAUCAAAGUUGAUCGGGAUCCUAGCUAUGGUAAUUGCAUCUAUCACUAAGAGGACUUAUCAUAAGAAUAAAGUAGUUGUGAUUAUCGUGGGCGACCGCAUGAGCUAAGCUAAUGUUACCAGCGUAUAAUUAUUGCGAUUAUCACAUGAUUACCAAAACUGCAGCUUGUAAUACGACUACCAUUGCUACUUCUUUGUAAUGGUUUUCAUCAGUGAAUCUAUCAAAAAUAACGUUUACGGUUAAAAAAUAGGGAAUAGGAUCGAUCUCAUAAGGAUUUUAGAUUGCCCUUGUUUGAAUUUUUCAUAACCAGAACAUUUCGUGAA